GCGAACGGCACCGAGUGAUCUCCAGGAUGAACCAUUGCGGUGGAGAUCCCUGUAAUGGGCCGUUGAUCAGCACCAUGCAUUGCCGCAAGGACUGCGAGGACCCUGUCGAUUGUCUCUUCGAUGAAUGGACCAGCUGGGAUGCCUCCACCUGCGAAGGUGGCCGUGGACAGAAGAUGCGAAGUCGGAACGUGAAGCAAGCCGCUGUGAACGGAGGUCAGCCCUGUGUGGGCCCUACACAAGAGACGGGACCUUGUGAUGAACCAAUCCAAGACAUCGACUGCGAGCUGUCUGAAUGGGAGGCCUGGACCGAAUGCAGCGUGACCUGCGGCCUGGGCUUUCACAGUCGUGAGCGCGGGAUCCAGACGGCCAAACAAGGUUUUGGCAAUCCCUGCGAAGGGCCACUGUCCAUGGUUGACGAUUGUCGUAUGAAGAAG